GACUGCUGCUGCUGCUGUUGGAGCCUUGGAGGAGGAGGCGGUGGUCGUGUUAUUGAGCGGCCCGGCGGUGGAAGUUGCGCUGCAGGGGUGGGACUUUGUUUCUGCAGUCGGUCGGUCGAGGGUGAGCUGCGGCUCACACAGAAAUGCCUCUGGCACCAGCUUCUCACAGUCCAGCGAGCUGCAGCGCAAACACACGGACACCUCCGAGUGGAAGAUAAAUCCUCCUCCUCCUCUUCAUCAUCCUUCUUGCUCCUCACACUCCUCCCCAUCUUCCGGGAGGAGUGUGUGUGUGAGUGUGUGCGUGAACGCCGUGUUUCCUCCCCUCCUCCAGCCCCCGGGAUACAUAGACCGGACCGGCACCGGUGUCAUUGGAUGGAGAGAGGCUCCUGAAGAAGGGAGAGCGGUGGAGUUGGUCUACCCCCCCUCCUCCUCCUCCUCCUCCUCCUCCUCCUCCUUCUUCCCUACUGCACCAAAAGAAAACUCCUGGCUGGCUGCAGCACCAUGUCCUCCGCUCAAAGUGGGGAUAUAUCAGGCUACCAUCUGAGCGUGGUGCGUAACCCGCCCGGCUGGGAGGUGGGGAUCUACCUGGUGGGCUUCUUUGUUCUGCUGGGUGUGGCCGGACUCAACAUCUGGAAGUUGUGGAAAUCUGGCACCUUCCCUGCACCGUCCCCUUUCCCCAACUUUGACUAUCGAUAUCUUCAAGAAAAAUAUGGAACCUCCUUCUCAGAAGUCAGACAAAAGAGAGUGGCUGCCAACAACCACCGGCGGACCUCAACCACCUCCAGCCGUAAACCCAGCCUGGCCCUCGGUGACACCCCUGAUGGUUUCAGGGACCUGGGCCACCUGGAGCUGAUGAGCAGGGAGCUGGACCCAACCGGCAUGGCUCAGCUUAAUCGAUCCAUCUCCACCGACUCGCUCAGCUCCAUCUCCUCCAUCGCUAACAACUUUGGCCAUGACUUCACGGUCGGCCAGCUGGAGAUCACGCUCGAGUUUGAGCCGUCCAGGCAUCCGGGCCAGGGGACGGGAAUGCUCCACAUCACUCUUCACCAGGGCAAAGACCUGCUGGAGAGGGAGGAGGGAGACUUCCCCGGCUGCUUCAUCAGAGUCUCCCUGGGGCCAGAGGAGAUCAAUGUGGGAGUCACAAGGGUCCAGACAAAUGCAUUCACAGUGAUUUUUGAUGAGCACUUCUCCGUCCCCAUGGAUUCAUCCUUGCUGGAGGAGUACAGCCUGCGCUGUGCGGCUUUUGGCAUUGAUGCUGACGAGAGAAACAUCAGCGCAGGGAUAGCAGAUCUCAAGCUGUCAGACCUGGACCUGACCAUUAGACCAUUCAACGCCUGGCUCUACCUUCAAGAUAUUAAUAAGGCUGUGGACGCGGUUGGAGAGAUCCUGUUGUCUCUCAGCUAUUUGCCGACAGCAGAGCGCCUCACAGUGGUAGUGGCCAAGUGCAAGAACCUGGUGUGGACCAACAGCAAGAACACUGCAGAUCCGUUUGUCAAAGUGUAUCUCUUGCAAGACGGCAGGAAGAUCAGUAAGAAGAAGACUUCCACCAAAAGGGACGACACGAACCCCAUCUUUAAUGAAGCCAUGAUCUUCUCUGUGCCGUCCAUCGUCCUGCAGGAACUCUCCCUGAGGGUGACAGUGGCAGAGGCCACAGACGACGGCCGGGGCGAGAACCUGGGUCACGUGAUCAUCGGCCCUGAAGCCAGCGGGAUGGGGAUCACCCACUGGAACCAGAUGCUGGCCACUCUGAGGAAACCCGUGUCCAUGUGGCACCCUCUGCGCAGGAUCUAGCCCUCUUUGCCCUCAUGCAUACCGACCUGUUUCAAGUAAAACACUUGCUUCUUCACUUUCCUUUCACCUCUUCCCUUAUUUGGUGCCAUGCUCAAAUCUGUUUUAACUAAGAGUUUUUGGCCCACAGGAGGAUACUGUGUGGGCUAUGGGUUGUUCUGCUGGUGAGUAACAAAUUAACAACACCUUAUCUUCAUGUAUGGGAGAGGAAUCUGAAAAGCCAGUGUUUGACUCUGAACGGGUUGUUUUAAUUGAUCCUUGGAUACACUUAAAUCCUGUAUUUAGUAUUUGGCUUCAUUCUGGCUUGGGUGCAUUAUGCGUGAGGGUGGAAGGAGCAACACAUAUGCCAAAUUACCCAAAUUACACUCUGAAAGUAACAGAUGAGUUUUAAAAUGGUGUGCAUCCUGUAUCCUUACCUUGUUCCACUGGCUUGAGAAUUGUGCUGAAUCCUGAUACUCCAGAAGAGGAUACAUGAAUAUGUGGAUACCUUUUCCCUUCUCAGAAUUUAGGGGUGCAUAAUGUGUAAUUGCUGAAAGAACAGCAUAUAUGCCAAAUUACCCAAAUUACUCACUAAAGUAACUGAGUUUUCAAAUGGCGUGCACCCUACAUCCUUACCUUCUCUCCUUGGCUUGGAAAUUGUGCUGAAUCCCAAAUCUCCACAGUGGCAAAGAAAACAUGAUUAUGUGGAAACUUUUUCCCUUCUUAAAAGUCUGGGGUGCAUUAUAUGUAAAGGUGGAAGAGGCAGUGCAUAUGCCAAAUUACCCAAAUAACACACUGAAAAUCAUUGAUCAGUUUGAAAUAAUGUUAAUCCUCUGUCCUUGUGUUGGCAAAACAAACAAAACAAAAAGAACCCAGACUAGGCAGGCGUAAUCCCCUCUCUGCAUGGUGCCUACUCUGGUUGUAGCCUGUUCUAGCUGUCUAGAGAAUGACCGACUGGACGGAGAGGUGAAAUCGCUUCUCUUUCAGGAAAACACUCAUUUGUCUUUUCAAACCAGUCAUUGAUUGCGCCUUCUUGAUUGAUUUCGUAGCGGUCUCAAAGCUGAUUGAGUAAGCUCUAUUGGAUUUGCUUGUGUGAUUUGUUAACAGUGAGAGCGACAAAUAAUAGAGAUUUAAGUAUUUAUUGUGCUUUUGAAAAGAAAAAAUCCAGGUACUCUUAUCCAGGUGAAAUAAUUGUAAUUUGUAGCAGUUGUUAACAGGGUGGCCAAAUCAGAUGUAAUCAGCAUAUAAAUAUCAUAUUACAUUGUUCUAUUUUUACCAUGAUUAAUGCAAUACAAGUUGCAUAAGCAUAUUUAAUAGUGUAAAUAGUGUACUACAGCAUUCUUGUCAUUGUCAUUUUUCUCUCUAAAUUCUGGGUGCAAAUUAUGUUUUUCAUAGUAAUACACUUUAAUAAACAUCAAACUCCAACUUCAUUUAUAUAACACUAUAUUUAACACCCAUAUUGUUGCUGAUCAAUGAAAUAUUAUCAAAACACCUCUGGGAAUUUAACUUGUGAUGUAAAGUAUACUAACCCCUUUAAAUGGGUUUACAGUUCCUUUUGUCUUAGAGGAAACACCUUGAUAUUCUGAAUUAAUCUGUAGUUGUUUAUCACCAGACACUUGUCACACUCAUUUUAGCUUUUGUCAUUAAGAUACCUGCAAAC